AUGUCCAUCUUUGAAUUCGUCCAAGUUACUUGGCAAGUUAUAGGAGAUGGGUCCUUGGCCACAGGAAAUGGAUCAAACGGAAAUAAAAAUCCUGAACCAAUACACUCAGUUGGACCGCAAAGAGUGUUUGCAGCACAGUUGGUCUUGACUUUGACAUCUGGUAUUCUAUUGUUUCUACUAUUUUGUAUAAUGAGAUACCGAUGGCCCCACAUUUAUGCUGUUCGGACGUUGCGACAACAGGCUAAAAAUAUAUUGAAACCAUUACCUAAUAAUCUUUUUGGCUGGAUCAAAGUGGUUUAUAAUUUGAAAGACGAAGACGUAUUGUCUUACUCAGGGUUGGACUGCUAUGUCUAUUUGUCAUUCUUCAAAAUGGGGAUCAAAAUCUUCUUUGUGUUGGCUAUAUUCUCCGUGGCCAUCUUGAGUCCUAUACGGUACUAUUUCACAGGAAACUAUGACAAGGAGGGUAUAAGCCUGAAACCAAAGAAUCCCGAUUUUCAUGAUGAUUUCCCCAGGUUCUUAUGGGUAUAUCCAAUUUUCACAUAUUUGUUUUCCGUUGUUGUUUUUUACUACUUGUAUGAAUAUACCGAUAAGGUAUUGAAAACAAGACAAAAGUAUCUAGCCUCACAGAACUCCAUAACCGAUAGAACGAUCCGUUUGGACGGAAUACCGAAGAGAUUGCUCAGUAGAGAAAGGAUUAAAAAAUUCAUUGAAGAUUUGGGAAUAGGAAGAGUUAUGGAUGUCAAGUUGAUUUACGACUGGACCCCGCUUGAAACCAAAUUUGAUGAGAGACAGCAAUUGUUGAGAAAAUUAGAAUAUGCAUAUGCGUCUGAGUACAAAAUGGAUAUCAAUAUUUACAACCAGCAACGCAUUCCUGCGGUUAACCCUGAAUGGAACGAACCUUUGGAUAAUGUCAAAGCUAGAGAACUGAUUGACCAAUUGUCAAGAGAACUUGUUGAACUCGAUGAAAGUAUAAGAGUUAUCCAGAACAAAUUUGAUCCCGAAUCCACCACUAUUGACGCUAAACAACAUCCUGAAUUUAGGGUUGUACCAUCAGCAUUCAUUACCAUGGAUUCAGUCGCAUCUGCUCAAAUGGCUGCUCAAGCUAUUUUAGAUCCUCGUGUUUACAAGUUGAUUGUGAGUUUGGCUCCGGCACCACAAGACAUCAUUUGGGGAAGCUUCAAAUUUCAAUACAGUGAAAAACUAGUCAAGUCCUACAUGAUUACGUUUUUGAUUGUCUUGAGUUAUGGUUUCAUUAUUUUCUUAGUUGUUCCAUUGACGUCAUUGCUUGAUUUGAAAACAAUCACCAAAUUCUGGCCAGCUGUGGGUCAUUUCAUUGGCAAAUCCAAAUGGUUGACAACUUUUGUCACUGGUAUUCUUCCACCAUUGUUGUUUACCUUGUUAAACAUUCUGUUUCCCUACUUUUACCGGUACUUGUCUCGAUUUCAAGGAUACUCAUCCAAUAGUGAACUCGAGUUGUCAACAUUAUCGAAAAACUUUUUCUUCAUCUUUUUUAACUUGUUUUUGAUUUAUGUUGCCGCUGGUACGUUUUGGGACUACAUGUCUUACAUAAGUGACACCACCAAAAUUGCCACUCAACUCGCCACAUCUUUGAGACGAAUGUCAUUGUUUUACGUUGACUUGAUUUUGUUACAAGGAUUGACCAUGUUUCCAGUAAAGUUAUUGCAAGUGGGGGACUUAUUCUUGUUGAACGUUAUCGGGAAACUCUUCUUUUUAAAAUCAUUCAUUUUGAAAACGGCUAGAGAUUACAGGUCCUACUACUACACCCCGCAAAUACUAGAUUUUGGAAUAAAUCUUCCUCAACAUAUCAUGAUAUUCAUGAUCAUUUUGAUCUACUCAGUUGUGUCGACAAAGAUUGUCACUUGUGGGUUGAUCUACUUCAUUUUGGGAUUAUUUGUCUAUAAGUACCAAUUGGUGUACAACUUUGUUCAUCCAUCUCACUCCACUGGAAAAAUUUGGCCCAUAGUUUUUCGUCGUGUUAUUUUGGGUUUGAUAAUUUUCCAAUUGUUCAUGUGUGGGACUUUGGCCUUGGAUAGUGCCAUUUUGUUAUCGCUAUUGUGUACGCCGUUGAUAUUUGUAACACUUGGUGUCUUGUACAACUUUGAAAAGAACUAUGUCCCACUAUGUGAUUUUAUUGCUUUGAGGGCCAUUUUGAAUCCGUAUGACUUCAACAAGUUGUUUGAAAACGAUGACCAACUGUUCAACUCAGGGGAUGGUCAGAGUGAGCAUGGCUCGACAUCAGCAAUAUUAGAUGAUCAAGAUCAAGAUCAAGAUCAAGAAGGCGACAAUGUAUCAAUCUUAGUGAAUGACGGUGAUGGACCUUUGGACGAAUCAUCCGUUUUGAAUGCCGGAGACGACGACGCAAAUGGUCUGAUGGUGAUUAACGAGGACCAGUCACAAAAAAAACUUAGGCGAAGAAAAUCAACUAUUGAUGAAGAACGUGAACAAUUUACCGACUAUACAUAUCCACCGUUGAUUGAUCCAUUAAAUGGUCCAUGGGUUGGGUUUACUGGCAAUGUCGUUUCGAUUGUUGAGUACCGAGGUGGUGUUGAAAAUAUUUUGGAGAAUGGUCAAUAUGGAUCUACAAACGAUGGUACCAUAAUAUCGUCAACAGAAACAGAGGUGAUUGUUAACAAAGUGCUCUCGGUUAGCGAAUGGGAGUGA